AUGGAGAACCACACCGAGCACUCUGAGCGCGCGGUCGCGUCGGGCCUGGGCACCAUGCCCCGGCCUCCGCUAGCUGUACAAGCGGAUUUGACCCUGGUGCCCCUCGUGUGCGCCGUGGGUGUGGCUGGCAACGCUACGGCGAUCCUGGUGGUGCUCCGGAGCCGCCACAUGGUCACACCCACCAACUGUUACUUGGUGAGCCUGGCCGCCGCGGACCUGCUGGUGCUCCUGGUGGCGGGAGUGCCCACCGUAGCCGAGGCGGCGUCCGCCCGGGCUUGGGUCUUCGGCCACGCCGGCUGCCUGGGCGUCACCUAUCUGCAGUACGUGGGCAUCAACGCGUCCACAGGCUCCAUCACCGCGUUCACCGUGGAGCGCUACCUCGCCAUCUGCCACCCGCUGCGCGCCCAAACUCUGUGCCCGGUGGCGCGGGCCAAGCGCAUCGCGGCAUCGGUGUGGCUGGGCACCAGCGCCCACUGCGUGCUCUGGCUCUUCCUGGUGGACACACGCGAGACCGCCUACGCCGACGGCGUGCAGGUGCAGUGCGGCUACCGCGUGUCGCGCUCUCUCUACCCGCCCAUCUACUUCCUGGACUUCGCGCUCUUCUAUGCGCUGCCCCUGGGCCUGGCCACCCCGUUCUACGUGCUCAUAGCGCGCGUCCUCUUUGUGGGGCCGCUGCCUCCUGGCGACCGGGGUCACUCGGGCUCUGCGCACCAGGGCCCCCCGGCUGGCCAGCGGCGCUUCUCCUCCAGCGGCAAGAGAGGCGCCCUCAACUCCCGGAAGCAGGUCACCAAGAUGCUGACGGUGGUGGUGCUGGUUUUUGCUCUGCUGUGGCUGCCCUACAACCCCCUGGUGGUGGUGAAUUCCUUCCUGAGCCCGCCCUACCUCAACCGUGGCUUCCUUCUCUUCUGCCGCCUUUGCGUCUGCCUGAACAGCACAGUCAACCCCAUCAUCUACGCCCUUAUGUCUCAGCGCUUCCGGGAGGCCUUCCAUGGACUAUCUCAGUGCCGGCAGGGGGCCCAGCUCCCUCCCCAGGAGGCCACCCCUGUGGACUACAGUGUCAUCAAAGACUGUUCCCAGAUCAGACUGGGCUCUUAG